GUUAACAUCAUCGCGUUCCCCGGGACCAUCGUGUGUCAUCGUCGACGCGGACAGACCUAGACAACCGGUCGGCAAACAGGCAGCUAGGAACGUGGCGCUAGGCAGGCAAAUUGCGAAGAGCACCAUAACACACGAAAAAAAGGGUUCUGGAGCGCGCGGGUGUGCGCGUCCGACUAGAAGACCCGUCCCGGACCGGUGCCACCAUCGCCAUCGCCACCAUAGCAGCACAGUUUGUGGUGACGCCCGCGAGUGUACGGACCGAUUCGGAACAACGGUGGUGCCGCUGAAGCUGCUGCUGCUGCUAAACGGUGGGUGACGAUAUUGGCCGGCGUGGUGCGCGUUCGCUAAUUACACACGAAGCAUCAACAAACCGCCCACCCAGAUCCAGAGGAGGAGGAGUAGGAACAGCGCCCAAAAACAACCGGUGGUCGAAAAGGACCAAGGACCCCCAGCCCAAAACACCAAAUGGCUCCAAACGUAUCGGACAGUACGGCGACGGUCACGCGCUGCGCUGCUGCUGCUGAUGAAACUGCGAACGUUGAUGACCAUGCGCUCACCAGUGCCGACCUCCGAACAGGGAGUGCUCGGAAACGGAUAGGACCGAUUCCGACCGUCACUGACACCGCCACCACCAACACCGAUGACACUUCCUUCAGCGACCGGAACAACAACAAGACCAGUAAUGACUGUGAUUACGUGGCCAGUGAGGCCCCGUUCCAGGCACAGAUACGGUGGCCCGAUUUUCUGGCCCAACUCUUCGUGCACACCGGGUUCGUGAUUGGGCUAGUGUUGCUGAUGACGCUGCAGGUCAAGCUGUACACAUUCCUGUGGACCCUUCUGCUGGUGUGGGCCUCGGGAAUCGGCAUAACGGCCGGAGCCCAUCGCCUUUGGUCGCACAAAUCAUACAAAGCUCGAUGGCCGCUCCGGUUACUGCUAAUGUUCUUAUUUACAAUUUGUGGCCAGCGUGAUGCGUACACAUGGGCCCACGAUCAUCGCGUCCAUCACAAGUACUCGGAAACGGAUGCGGAUCCGCAUAAUGCGAAGCGAGGAUUCUUCUUCGCCCACGUCGGUUGGGUGUUCCUAACACCCCAUCCGGAGGUUGUGGCCAAGCGUAAGAUCAUCGACAUGAGCGAUCUGGAAGCGGAUCCGAUCGUAAUGGCCCAGCGGCGCUUCUACAUUCCCCUUUUUGCACUGCUGGUGAUCGCCAUGCCGGUCCUGGUGCCGUGCUACUACUGGGACGAGCGUCCGAUGGUCGCAUUCUGGGUGUGCUUUACGCUCCGCUUCACCACCACGCUCAAUAUUGCCUUCUUCGUGAACAGCGUGGCGCACAUGUUCGGUAACCGGCCGUACGAUAAGAGCAUCAGCCCGGUGGAAAACCUGGCGGUCGCGAUCGCAGCGAUGGGCGAAGGGUGGCACAACUACCAUCACGUGUUUCCGUGGGACUACAAAACCAGCGAGCUCGGCAGUUAUGUGUUCAACAUUACCACCGCCUUCAUCGACUGCUUCGCCCGGCUAGGAUGGGCCUACGAUCGAAAAUCGGUACCGGCGGAGGUGAUCGCACGAAGGGCGGCAAAGUGUGGCGAUGGGACACGCUUCCUCACCGACGAGUACGCCCAUCAGGAUGCUGUGUGGGGCUACGGUGACCAUGAUCUACCACCGGAAGAUGUGGCGGCCAUUGUACAGGAACUACAGUAACGUACCGGUGGCGUACGGUUCGGUCCGGCAAGUGACUAGAAACAUAGCGGAACUUGCUUCCUGACGAUUCAACCAAAAACCUGUUACCAUACGAGAAUGCGACCGGACUCGGGUAGGGUAGCAGACACCAGUUUAACGGCAUUCGCAUCGUCACUCGCCUCGUACCCCCUUCGAAAAUGCUCUCGGUUAUUGUUCCUGCGCCAAACUCCGCUCCCCAAUACACUAGUUGCAGAUUUACCAUGCCCUGCCCCACGAACCCAUGCAUGUCACUUACAUCUCUGUACCGUUUCUACGAAUAGUAUGUGACUUUACAGUACACGCUUUCGAAAACGGGCCGACAAAAAACCUCCAAGCCAUGGACGGGAAUAUGCGGCCAGCAGCUGCAGGCACGAGCUGCAGCUCGGUUACCUACGCGCAAUCUAACCCAUAUGCGCGUUUGCGUGUGAUCAAGCCCCCGGACAAUCCAGCAAAUCCGGUUUCCAGAGCCAAAGAUGCAACCGGAAACGAAGAAAAAGGGAAAGGAAACCAUUGAACGCUGGCCUGCAGCAUGAGCGCAAGAUCGCUGUGUGAUCGUAAAAAGAGCAUUUGGCAAUGAAAGUGCUCGAUUGCUUGGUAUUUAUUUACAGCUGCAACUGGAUUGUUCCACCCCUUGAUGGUGACGAUCAGGGUUCGAGUCGAAGCUUCUCGAAAAAAACAUUUUUUAAAGAGAUUUUUUGAUAAAAAAAAAUAAAACCUUUGCUACGCAACAACGCAUCAACGAUCUACAACACACGGAGGGGAUCUUUAUGUACUAAAGACGAUAAAUCAGUUUCCUCUGUUUCGCAGAAGUCCCUUACGGUGUCCAUCGAUUGCUCAGGAAGUGCCGGAUCGAGUGUUGCUUGUGGCACAACUCACCGCGAUGCACCUUUCCGCUUUUAUUAGAACCGCUUGGUAUUCCCCAUUUUACUAAAACCGGAAUACGCCGGUAACGGGCACGGCACUCGGCGGCUCGAUACGAAACAGCAGCAGGCGUGGUACGAUUUUCCAUGUAUGGGAAUAAAAUUUACAUUCGAUUGAAUAAAGAUCGUCACUAUUUACGUCGAGCGCCGGUAGCCAUCGGUGACUGUUGGCGUUUUCCGUGGUAAACGAGCAGACCAUGGCCCGGCUACGCGAAACACGUUCAAAGUCCCUUCGUAAGGUGCGGCAGGUCAAGUGUCCCGGGUCAACCAAAACGGCCCCCUACCCGUUUGGACCACAUUGUGAACGCAGAGGAAGUGCUUGGAACUACUGCUUACUAUUUACAAUAAACUACAUACGGUUAAAUCAC